AUGAAAUUCAUCGUUAUCGCUGCUUUGGCAGCUGUUGCUUUGGCUUCUGAAAAGCCAUAUUACUCGAAGCCAUCGUAUUCACCUAUGACUUACCACCGUAAGCCGAACAUUCGAGCGUCGGACUACAAGAGUACGGCCUAUACACCAACCUAUGUGAGGUCUAACGAUUCCCCGGCAUCGUACAGCUUUGAGUAUACCGUUUUGGACGAUGAGACUUCAAACAAUUAUGGACACAAGGAGACUAGUAACGGCCAAGGAGUUGAUGGAGCCUAUUACGUUGCGCUACCUGAUAAGCGCACUCAGAUCGUCACAUACAAAGCAGAUAGUGACGGCUACGUGGCUAACGUUAAAUACGAAGGAAAGGACAAACCUUUCGGGUUCAAAUACGCCAAGUCGGCCAACUCAAAGCCCAAAUAUGCUUUCCCAACAAACUUUAAAUCUUCCUACACUGCCCCGGCCUACCCGAAAGCCUCCUUCACCGAGCCUAAGACUAACUACGCUCCGUCGACUUACCCUGAAACAGCUGAUGCAGAGCCGUCCUACCCCCAGCCAACCUAUGUCCCAUCGGUUUAUCCGAAAGAAGCCAAUCCAGAACCAUCUUACAACAAUCCUACCUACGCUCCAUCGACUUAUCCUAAAGCGGCUGAUCUAGAGCAAACGUACGCCGGGCCUAUCUAUGACCUACCGGCGAAUCCAGAACCAUCUUACCCCAGGACUACCUACACUCCAUCGACUUACUCUAAAGCAGCCGAUUCAGAACCAUCUUAUCCCGAGCCUUCCUAUGCACCAACGACUUACCCUAAAGCGGUUGACUCAGAGCCAUCUUACUCCAAGCCAACCUAUGCCCCAUCUGAUUACUCGAAAGCGGCGAAUGCAGAACCAUCUUAUCCCAGGCCUACCUACGCUUCGUCGACUUACUUUAAAGCAGCCAACCCAGAACUAUCUUACUCCAAGCCUACCUACACUCCAUCCACUGACUCUAAGGUAGUCGGCGCAGAGCCAUCUUACUCCAAGCCGUCCUAUGCCUCAUCAACUUACUUUAAAGCAGCCGACCCAGAACCAUCUUAUCCCGAGCCUUCCUAUGCCCCAUCGGCUUACCCCAAAGCAGCUGAUUCAGAGCCAUCUUACUCCAAGCCGUCCUAUGCCUCAUCGACUUACUUUAAAGCAGCCGACCCAGAACCAUCUUAUCCCGAGCCUUCCUAUGCCCCAUCGACUUACCCUAAAGCGGCUGAUUCAGAGCCAUCUUAUUCCAAGCCAACCUAUGCCCCAUCUGUUUACUCGAAAGCGGCCAAUCCUGAACCGUCUUACCCCAGGCCUACUUACACUUCAUCGACUUACUUUAAAGCAGCCAAUCCAGAACCCUCUUACCCCAAGCCUACCUACGGUUCAUCGACUUACCCUGACACAGCCGAUGCAGAGCCAUCCUACGCCGAACCUACCAAUACCCCACCGGCUUACUCGAAAGCGGCCGAUGCAGAGCCAUCUUACCCCAAGCCUACCUAUGCCCCACCGACGGAUCCUAAGGCAGCCUAUUCGGAGCCAUCUUACUCUAGGCCUACCUAUACACCAACAGUUUAUCCUAAAGCUGCCUACACAGAAAAAUCUUAUUCCAGGCCGACUUACGCACCUCCGGCUUACCACAGAAUAGCCCAUCCACAACCAUCUUACCCCAAGCCUACCUACGCUCCACCGACGUAUGCCAAGGCAACCGAUGCAGAGCCAUCCUACCCCAAGCCUACCUACGAUCCAUCGGUUUACCCGAAAGAAUCCAAUCCAGAACCAUCUUAUCCGAAGCCUACCCACGCUCCAUCGACUUAUCCUAAAGCGGUCAAUUCAGAAUCAUCGUACCCCAAUCCAGAACCAUCUUACCCCAAGUCUACCUACCCUCCAUCGACUCACUCUAAAGAUCCCCAUCGAGCACCUUCCUACCCUAAGCCUACCUAUGCUCCACCGGCAUACCCUAAAGCGGCCUACCCAGAACCAUCUUACUCCAAGCCUACCUAUGCGCCACCAGCUCACCCUAAAGUGGCAUACCCAGAACCGUUUUACUCCAAACCGAUUUACACCCCACCAGUCUACCCUAGACCUUCUUACACUCCUCCAGCCUAUCCGAAAGUUUCCUACCCAGACCCAUCUUACCCAAAACCUACCUAUGCUCCGCCGACUUACCAUAAAGCGUCCACCACAGAGAAAUCUUACCCUAAGCCUACUAACGCUCCACGCGUUUAUCCUAAACAUUUCAACCUUAAGCUCGCUUAUCCAGUUAAUGUCAAACUCGCCACCCUUCCAAAAUACAAGCCUUCUUCUCCUGCCUACCCUGCUCCAGCUUACCCCACGUACUCUCUUCCUUCUUACCCAUUGCAUCCGAAGCCAAGCUACCCUGUUCCAGCUACUAUUGAAGGGGAAACUAAACCUGUCGUAGAAGUUGAACAGCAACAGGCCGAUGUGUUCGAUUUGGUUGAACCUACUCCCGAUAUUUCGGUUGAGGCUGUUGAACCGGUUGAUGAAGACGUUGCUCCGGUAGCUGCCGAACCCUUUGCCGAAGACAUUGCAUCAGUGGCAGAUCAACCGCUAGCUGAAGACAUUACGUCAGUAGCUGCUGAAGCCAUCGCCACAGAAGCCCCUGAACCUGUUGCUGAAGAUGUUGUCCCAAUAGCUGAAGAACCGGUGGCUGAAGAUCUUACGUCAGAAGCCGUCACACCGGAUGUUGAAGGCAUUGCCCCAGUAGUUGCUGAACCAUGUGAUGAAGGUGUUAUCCCAGUCGUUGCUGUACCUGUUGCUGAAAACACUGGCGCAGUAGCAAUUGAACCUAUUGCUGAAAACAUUGCCCAGGUUGCUGAAGCCAUUAUCCCAAUAGCUGCUGAACCUGUUGUUGAAGACAUUAUCGCAGUAACUACCGAACUGUUUGUUGAAAUCGUUGGGUCGGUAGCUACUGAGUCGGCUACGGAAGAUGUCGUGCCAACAGCCACCGAUGAGGUCAUCACUGAUGUCGUGACAACUGAGGUAGCAGUUGAGCCAACAACUGAUACAGAUGUUGUGACCACCACGGCUGUUGAAAUCCUUUAA